AUGAAACCUCAGAAUUCCACCAUUGCUCCUAAGUUAGUUAGGCUAGAUCGCAAAGAGCUGGUAAAGCACGCUCCACCUCGUACGUACCAUGAAAAUGAGACCCAGAAAGUGGUAUUUGUGAAAUCAUCAACACCAUUUAUAUCCGCAGUCAAAAGAAUUGAAAAAUGCCUUGAUGGCCACAGAUUAAAGCCCAACAGGAGAGGAAGACUUGCAAGUAAAUAUGGAAACAGAGAGGCGUAUGUGAUCGUUAAAGGAAUGGGUAAAGCUAUUCCUAAAGUUCUUAACAUUGGAUUACACUUCAAGUACGAGAAAAAUGCUACGUUAGAUGUGUACACGAAAACUAUUGGCGUCCUUGAUGAGUUUAAGUCAAUACCAGAGGCCUCAAAUGAAGAUGAUUUGCUCAGAAAGAGAAACGUCAGCUCCAUAGAAAUCCGAAUAUACGCUUCCGAGGAUGAGUUAAGAUCAUAA